AUGCAGGCGCGCGACUCGUGCUUGUGGAUGGGCGCUGGCGUUCCGGGAAGAGGGGGACUCGUUUAUCCCGGUCCUUUCAGCUUGAGGCUGCUCGAGGGCAAGGAACAAACCACGACCAUGCUCAGCUUCCUGCUGUGUGUUCUCGCGACUCCAGUGCUGCUGGCUUGCGCACGCGGUUUUUACAAUGUCUUUUUGCAUCCCCUGCGCCGGUAUCCAGGCCCGCUGCUGUACCGAGCGAGCUUCCUGCCGCUGAUGCUCAAGCAUUGCCAGGGCGACUCGACCCGGUACAUUCAGAGCCUGCACAGACGAUACGGGCCGGUCGUCCGCGUCGAACCCAACCUGCUGAGCUUUGCCGAUGGUCAGUCGUGGCAAGACAUCUACGGGUAUCGCAAGACAGGGCCCGAGGCCCAGACGAAGCCGCGUGGUAACUUGCCCAAGCCGACGUUCGGCGUUCGUAAGAAUUUGAACGGCAUUUCGGACAUAAUCAACGCCAACGAAGAUGACCAUAAGCGCAUGCGGAGGGUCAUGAACCACAUGUUUGCCCCGGGGGCUCUGACGAAGGAGGAACCGCUUGUCCAGCGCUAUGUGGACAAGAUGGUUGACCGCCUUCGUGACAAGGCAAUUCGAGACGAAGAAGUCGACAUGGUCAUGUGGUUCAACUAUACUACCUUUGAUCUGUUGGGCGCGUUAGCCUUCGACCAAGACUUUGGCUGUCUGGAAAGCGGAGAGCUUCAUCCAUGGGUGAUGAACGUUUUCAAGUCGCUCAAAAAUGGAUACUUGCAGAGGAUGCUCAACCGCUUUCCAUACCCGCUCAACAAGUUGGCUUUCAACUAUUACAGCAAUGCCACUCUCAUCCAAGCCCGCAAGGACGAAUUUGGGUUCGCCUUGGCUAGUGCGAAGCGGAGGAUGGCCCGGGGUGUCGAUGAGGGCAAGCAUGAUUUCAUGAGCUAUAUGCUAAAGAAUAACGACUCAAAAGGCAUGUCCGAGGGUGAAAUCAUCAGCAAUUCCGCCAUCCUCAUUAUCGCCGGCAGUGAAACUAGUGCGACGUAUCUCGCUGGUGUAACCUAUCACCUUUGCGUGUACCCGGAAAUCAUGAAAAAACUGACAACCCUGAUACGGUCGAGCUUCGCCACCGAAGCCGAGAUUACAUCGUCCUCGCUCGCCCAGCUGGAAUACCUGACGGCGGUUCUCAAGGAGGCCGGACGUACAUACCCCGCCUUGCCCUCCGGACAGCCGCGCCUUGUCACCGAGACCGGGGCCUUCAUUUCCGGGGAGAUGGUACCCAGUGGCACUCUUGUUUUCUCGCAUCCCAUGGGUUCAAGCAUGGCACCUUUCAACUUUACAAACCCGGAGCAGUUUGUACCUGAGCGCUGGCUCAAGGAGCCGCCCUUCCCCUACAACAACGACAAGCUGGAUGCUUCCAUGCCGUUCGGGCUAGGUCCACGGUCUUGUAUCGGGCAGAGUCUUGCUUGGAUUGAGAUGCGCCUCAUCCUUGGGCGUCUGCUCUGGAACUUUGACCUCGCUCUCGAUCCAGAGUGUAGCCGCUGGAUUGAAGGCCACAAGGUUUUUCAAGUCUGGGAGAAGACACCGCUGAAAGGCCAGCUUGUCGAAUACACUCUGACAGAGGUCCCCCCGGGGCUGCGUCCAGGCCCAGUUGUCAGAGUUGCGCCCAACGAACUCAGUUUCAUUCAUGUAGAGGCUUGGGAUGAUAUCUACGGAUUCCAUCAGGACAUUCUUCAAGUCCACGUCGACAAGCUGAUCAAGGCACUGCGGGCCAAGGCAAAGAAAAAAGAAUCAGUCAAUUUGGGCGAAUGGUAUACGUAUACAACCUUUGACAUGAUUGGCGACAUCUGCUUCGCCGAACCGUUUGGCUGUUUGGACGGCGGAGAGUCCAACGAGUGGGCGCGUGCCAUCAUCAACAUCUUCAAGGCCGCCACGUGGGACCAGGCCAUCAGGCGGGUGUCCGGGACGGGCACACUGCUACACAAAGCCCUGGUGAAGCUCAUCAUACCAGCCGAGGCGACGCAGUGGCGCAUCGUGCACUUUUCCAACUCCAAGGCGAAGACGCUGGCGCGGCUCGCCGACCCAAACCGCCAGCAUCCAGACCUCAUCAAGCACAUCCUCGACAGCGAGGACUCGCGCAAGGCCCUGAGCCCGACCGAAAUCAUCCUCAACAUGGUGCUGUUCAUCAGCGCCGGCAGCGAAACCACAGCCAACACCAUGACGGGCUGGACCUACUUUAUGCUGCGGCACUCAGAGGCGCGGGCGCGCGCCACGGCCGAGGUGCGAGCCGCGUUCGCCUCACCGCGCGACAUCAAGUGGGAGACGGUGCGGGCGCUGCCGUACCUCAACGCGACGCUCGAGGAGGCCCUCCGGCUCUUCUCGCCGGCGCCGUCGAACCAGCCGCGCGUGGUGCCAACGGGCGGCGCCGUCGUGGCGGGGUGCGCGCUGCCCGCCGGCACGACCGUGUCGGUGGCCCCCUGGGCGGCCGUGUUCUCGCCCCGGCACUUUGCCGACCCGGAGCAGUUUGUACCGGAGCGAUGGCUGGAGAAUGCGGAUCCGCGGUACGCCGACGACCGGCACGCGGCCUCGCAGCCCUUCAGCACGGGGCCGCGCGGCUGCAUGGGCAAGAACCUCGCCUACUUUGAGCUGCGCCUCGUCCUGGCCCACCUGCUCUGGCACUUUGACCUCGAGGCUACAGACAGCGCCGCCGGGCGUGCCUGCAUGCGGCGCUGGGAGGAGACGGAUAUGGACACGUACCAGACGUGGAUGAAGCCCGAUCUCUGGGUCGACCUGAAGGAAGCACGGCGACAGCAGUGCGACGCAUAA